GGGCGCCUUGGACGCGGUUCAGGAAUCCGCUGCCGCUGCCGCCGCCGUCGCGGGCCGCUCGCCGGCUCGGGCCGGAGCGGGAGGGCGCCAGGCAGGACCGCUCGCUCGCCCGCUCGCUGCGCAGGCAGGACGGCGCCCUCCCGGCGCCGCUUCCCGCCCCGCGUGCCGACCCGCCGGGCCGCGCCUCCCUCCCUCCCUGCCCGCCGCCGCCCCCGGGGAGGGCGCAGAGCCCGGGCCGCGCGGGAGCCGGGGCCGCUGGGCCGCUUCUGCCGGGAUCUUCCGAGAGGAGGGCGAAGUUGCGAGCGGAUGCUGCCCGCGUCGGACCCCAGCCACGGAGGAGCAGAUCCGCCCGCGCCGGGGGAGGCUCGGCGGCCGGGGACGAGGGUGUCCCCCACCUGAAGACGACGAGCCAGGUCCCAAGUGAUGCCCCUGAGCUGAAUGUCCACGGCCGGCCUGAGGAGUCCCCACAGCCCCACUUUUCCCAUGGAGAAAGGACUCUCUUUGCCCCAGGACUGCCGGGACUUUGUGCACAGCCUGAGGAUGAGGGGCAAAUAUGCCCUUUUCUUGGCUUUUGUGGUGAUAGUUUUUGUCUUCAUUGAAAAGGAAAAUAAAAUCAUAUCAAGGGUCUCGGACAAGCUGAAGCAGAUCCCCCAAACCCUGGCAGAAGCCAACAGCACCGAUCCAGCCCUGGUCUUGGCUGAGAACGCGUCCCUCUUGUCCCUGAGCGAGCUCGAUUCCGCCUUUUCCCAGCUGCAGAGCCGCCUCCGCAACCUCAGCCUGCAGCUGGGCGUGGAGCCCGCGGGCGAGGAAGAGGAGGCGGUGGAGCCGCGCCGCCCCGGCCCGCCCCGGCGGCACGUGCUGCUCAUGGCCACGACCCGCACCGGCUCCUCGUUCGUGGGCGAGUUCUUCAACCAGCAGGGCAACAUCUUCUACCUCUUCGAGCCGCUGUGGCACAUCGAGCGCACCGUGUCCUUCGAGCAGGGAGGCGCCAACGCCGCGGGCUCGGCGCUGGUGUACCGCGACGUGCUCAAGCAGCUCUUCCUGUGCGACCUGUACGUCCUGGAGCACUUCAUCACGCCGCUGCCCGAGGACCACCUGACCCAGUUCAUGUUCCGCCGGGGCUCCAGCCGCUCCCUCUGCGAGGACCCGGUGUGCACGCCCUUCGUCAAGAAGGUCUUUGAGAAGUACCACUGCAAGAACCGCCGCUGCGGCCCCCUCAACGUGACGCUGGCCGCCGAGGCCUGCCGCCGCAAGGAGCACAUGGCCCUCAAGGCCGUGCGCAUCCGGCAGCUGGAGUUCCUGCAGCCGCUGGCCGAGGACCCCCGGCUGGACCUGCGCGUCAUCCAGCUGGUGCGCGACCCCCGGGCCGUGCUGGCCUCCCGCAUGGUGGCCUUCGCCGGCAAGUACGAGACCUGGAAGAAGUGGCUCGCCGAGGGGGAGGACCGGCUGAGGGAGGAGGAGGUGCAGCGGCUGCGGGGCAACUGCGAGAGCAUCCGCCUGUCGGCGGAGCUGGGCCUGCGGCAGCCCGCCUGGCUCCGGGGCCGCUACAUGCUCGUGCGCUACGAGGACGUGGCGCGCAGGCCCCUGCAGAAGGCCCGAGAGAUGUACCGCUUCGCAGGCAUCCCGCUGACCCCGCAGGUGGAGGACUGGAUCCAGAAGAACACCCAGGCGGCCCGCGACAGCAGCGGCAUCUACUCCACCCAGAAGAACUCCUCGGAGCAGUUCGAGAAGUGGCGCUUCAGCAUGCCCUUCAAGCUGGCCGAGGUGGUGCAGGCCGCCUGCGGCCCCGCCAUGCACCUCUUCGGCUACAAAUUGGCACGGGAUGCCGCCUCCCUCACCAACCGCUCCGUCAGCCUGUUGGAGGAACGGGGCACCUUCUGGGUCACGUAGGGGGCCUGGAGCCCUGUGGACCCCUCCUGGUAAAAGGCCCGCCCUGCCUUCCUCACACCCAGGCCAGCGGUGAAGUGCAGCCCUCGCAGAGGGCGGGCGGGCGGGAAGCUGCCCCGUGAGCAGGCAGCCCCUCGCUGUAGCAGUAGGCCCCCUGCCAGCUAGUGUCCCCGCCACGGCCACAGGCCCUGGCAUUUCUCUCUGAGAAGGACAGUGCCUGGUCCCUUUGUGGGACGUCACACCCGGACCUGAGGGGCUACAGCCUCCUGGGCAGGCCCAGACAGGCUGGGAUCUAUUGGCAAGCCUCUUUCUUUCCCUCACACACACAAACACACAUAAACAUACAUGAAACACACAUCAAUGCCUGGAGACCCUGUGGGCCAAAGUCCAAAUAUUUAACAACCAGAGAGGGCCUAGGCACUGGCCAGUCCCAGUGGACCCCCCCGCCACCAUUGCAAACCUUUCUUUUUUGGAUGGUGGGGAAGUCUGUCUGGGUGGGCCCUUGGGGAGAUGCUGGGACAGCCCAGGGAUCAGGGGUGGCAUUUGAGGUGGCAUCAUGAGGUGACAGUGGCUGUUUACCUGCCAGUACAGAACGAUUCAAUAUCUUCAUAAAUGGAUUAGCUGUUCUGGUUACUGAUGAAUAUCCGCCCCGUGUGGAGCAGCAGAACACACACGGGAAUAUAAAGAUACCCGUUAGGAGCAGACCACACACACAGACACGCACCGUAAAAGCACACAAGCACACACACCAGACACGGUUUCCUGUUGUUUAUGCCCACAGGGUUUAUCUGUAUCACCCAUCUAAACAGAAGCCUUUAAUUGAAUUUUUAGGACUAUUAGAGAGGCACAGGAAGGAAACAAUGGAGGCAAUGAAGUGGUUCCCUGCCCAGGUUUGGGCCUGAAUGGAUUCAGAACUGCGGAGUCCAAAGCCCUGCCCACCUUGGAUUCUAGUGGCUACCUCCUCGGACCCACCCUCCACGUCCUCAGGGCUGGCAGGCAGGAUGUUUUGAAAUGGUGUGGCCAAAGGCCUGUCCAGCUCGGCUGGCUCCCCAAGAACAUGUCCAUAUUUGAAGGUUGCCUGGGGCCUGACUGGCAGAAGCAGCUGUGGUCCCUGGAGACAAAAGGCAGCUCACAGUCCUGCGAUUUCCAGCCAGGCCUCAACUGGGGUGGGGCCAAGAAGAAAGUACAGACUGCUCUUGGGGGAGAAGUCACCUCACGAUGCGCUCCUCCCGAGAAGCCUGCCUUCUCCCUCGUGGACAGAGGUCAGCAAACUGGUUACCAUGGUUACAACCAGUAUCUGGAAUUCCUCCUUUAGGGCUCUGGGAAGAUUAUUGCUCAACUCGGGAUGGGCUGGGUGUUUUAUUUGGGGAUUUUAGGUUAUUUAUGGCUUAGUGUCUUAUUUUGUGGCUGUGUUUUGGCUUUGUUUCUGCAGGACUGUGGCCCUGAAGCAGUCUGGGCUUGAGGGCCUGAGGGGGGCUGGGGAAGCCAGCAGGGAGCACUUGCCUCCUGGCAGAGGGAAAGGGUGGGAGAAGGAGACUUGCCCAAGAGGGAUGGAGCCUAGGUGGCCACGUGGCAGCCCACAGCGUCCCACGGGCUUUUCUGUUUGAACCCCAUGUGGAAUGAAUCUCAGAACUACCAGUGUUCUUGCUUAGUGUCCAGAAGGAGUAUAAAUAGUGACCCUUGCCCCCUCCCUGAGAAGAGGAUAGAUUUGAAAAUCCUUCCUGGGCCCUGACAGGUUUCCUGGGGGCCCGGGGUCUUAGGACUAAACAGUGAGUAUCUCCAAAGUGAAGGCUCUUCCCCACUCCCACCCCACGCAGCAAGCAGAACUCAGUACCGCCUCGGAGCUUGCAGGGAGCUUCACCAUGGCCUGCUCUGCUCUGUUUCUGAUUUCCUGGACAAGCGCUCUGUCAGAUACAACCCACUGUCAAACCCAGAGGGCUGAGUUUGGGUUUGAGUAAUACGGACACCAGGGCAGUACAGGAUCUGAGUCCAGCUGGCAUUGCUGUGGGGAAGGGAAGAGUGCAUCCUGGCACAAAGCCACUGUUUGAGGACAGGAGCCAGCUUGUGGGAUUUGGUGGAAUAAGUGUAUUUGAGCUGUGGGGUCUCUAUCUCCAGGGACUUCGGUCAUUCAAGGAGGUCUCCACUCUUGGUUUUACAGUCCAAGGAUAAGUUGUGCAGAGAGAUGGUUCUAAUUUGGAGUUCAAAGGGACACCAGUUCUGAAAACUUGACCGCGGGGCAGAUUGGGGCCAGGAUGUCUCUGGCAGGCCCAGAAGUGCUGGCCAUUCUUCCCUAGUCUCCACCCUGUCCCCUCCUCGGUUCCCCACUGGGGCUGGGGGCCAGCCACCUCCAUCCGGGGCUCUUCCUAGGGGCCCUCUUGGUGUGGGGACAGCCAACUUCAUCCUCCCUUCCUGUGCCUCUGGGGCCAAGGCCAUGUCUCCGCUCUGUGAGGACGGUACCGAGAAUGGACCUUUGGGACUUCUCAGGACA